AUGACGGACAAUCUGGCCCUCGUCAUAACGUUCGUGUUUUUGUCAGCUCUAAUCGUCGCUGCUAACUUGACAGUUUGUGUUAUUGUUUAUCUACGAAAGAGCAUGCGGACUUACACCAACGGGUUCGUGGUAUCGCUUGCGUUCAGCGAUCUUUUGAUUGGAAGUGUGUUAAUUCCUGCCGCGCUGGUCUCUCCUCAUUCAGUCGAGAUGGGUUACUUGAUUUCUAUCACGCUUCUAUCAGGUGUUUUUAAUCUUGUUUCUGUGACCUUCGAUCGCUACGUCUCUGUUUUAAAAGCAUUGCAGUACGAGAAUAUCAUGAGGAGCGCUUUUAAAGGAAUACUCGUCGCAAGCUGGUUAUUUUCCUUCAUUAUCUCUUUAAUCCCUCUAAUUUGGGGAACGAACACGACCGUGCUUGCGCAUAAGAUCUACGUUGUCAGCGAAAUUGGACUGUGCGUGUUACUACCCUACGUGUUCAUUUUUGUAGGAUACGUACGAAUCUUCACGCAGGUGAAAAGAAGUGUCGAACGCGAGAGAGCCAUCACUGCCUCGGUGAGGAAAAAUUUACAACGGAAGAGCAAGAUUUCUUCAGAGGGAAAGCUCGCUCAGGUCUUUAUAAUAGUAGCCGUUAUGUUUGUUGUAAGUUGGCUUCCUAUCCAAUAUAUGACAGUCGUGCACGAAAUAGGACGUCCUGAGCUCAUCCCGAACGAUCUCGAAAUCGUUUCGUUAUUUACGAUCGCUCUUGGCUCGCUUAUAAACCCACUGGUAUACUCCUUUCUUAAGCCGGACUUUCGUAAAGCCAUCCGACAUGUCUUAAAUUACCGAAGAGAUCUCCGCCGAGGACGUUUGAGAGGAAGUUUAUCAACGCCGGCCAGUUGCAAAUCACAAACCACAAAUUCGAGUUGUAAAUCGCGUCUUUCCCAGAAAAACGAUACUACUUUUGUAUAG